AGCGCGCUUCCGCGUGUGUGUUGGUGCUGGAUAGGGUGCGGGGCGGCACGGGCGGGCGCCGGCGGCCCCGCUAGGAGGAUGGCUCCGCUCCUGCUGCAGCUGGCAGUGCUCGGCGUGGCGCUGGCGGCCACCGCCCUGCUACUGAUUUCCGUUGUUGCAUUUAUAACUGCUACCAAAAUGCCAGCACUCCACCAACAUGAAGAAGAAAAGUUCUUCGUAAAUGCCAAAGGCCAGAAGGAAACUCUGCCCAGCAUCUGGGACCCCCCAACCAAACAGCUUUCUGUUGUUGUGCCUUCAUACAAUGAAGAAAAACGCUUGCCUGUGAUGAUGGAUGAAGCCAUGGGCUACUUGGAGAAGAGACAGAAACGCGAUCCUUCGUUCACAUAUGAGGUGCUAGUCGUGGAUGAUGGCAGUAAAGACCGGACUUCGAAGGUAGCUUUUAAAUACUGUCAGAAAUAUGGAAGUGACAAAGUCCGAGUGCUAACCCUGGUGAAGAAUCGUGGGAAAGGUGGCGCCGUUAGGAUGGGCGUAUUCAGUUCUCGAGGAGAAAAGAUCCUUAUGGCAGAUGCUGAUGGGGCCACAAAGUUUCCAGAUGUUGAGAAGUUGGAAAAGGGAUUAAAUGAUCUCCAGCCAUGGCCUGAUCACAUGGCCAUUGCCUGUGGAUCAAGAGCUCAUUUGGAGAAAGAGUCAGUUGCUCAGCGUUCUUACUUCCGUACCCUUCUCAUGUAUGGGUUCCACUUUCUGGUGUGGUUCCUUUGUGUCAAAGGAAUCAGGGACACACAGUGUGGGUUCAAAUUACUAACUCGAGAAGCAGCUUCCCGGACGUUCUCAUCUCUGCACAUUGAACGAUGGGCUUUUGAUGUAGAACUGCUCUACAUAGCACAGUUCUUUAAAAUUCCAAUAGCAGAAGUUGCUGUCAACUGGACUGAAAUUGAAGGUUCUAAAUUAGUUCCAUUUUGGAGCUGGCUACAAAUGGGCAGGGACCUCCUUUUUAUCCGACUACGAUACUUGACUGGAGCCUGGAGGCUGGAACACACUGCGAAAACCAAUUAGACCACGUGUGGACUUUGAUUGUAUGCAUAUCCAUCAGUGUCACAUUAUUUCAUUUGAAAUUAAUGCUUCCAAUAAAGCAGGAAUAAAUGUA